AUGUCAGGGAAAGUUAUUAUGGGGUUUGCACUGUUGGUUGCGCUGCUAGUAUCCACUGCAGCAUCCUCACCUGUAGAGGCUAAAGAGACUAAUGUGCUGCAGCAGCUUCUAGCCAAGAGGGAGAAAAUGACAGACUUGGCUGGCAGACAGGAGCCGGCGCCUCGGGCUCACUCAGCAGCACGGUUGGAGAGACGGGCACACCUAUCGGAGGAUGAACGCGAGAUUGUGACCAAACAAAUAAUGCAAGCAAUUUCAGAGAUGAUGAACUCCGAGUGCAUGUCAGACCGGGACUACCAGGGCUGGGUGGACUUUGGACGGCGGGACGCAGAGUGAGACACAACAAUGCCAACAGCAAACUGAGAGGGCAGACUUAACUGCUUUUUGUUCCGAUUUUAUACAAAGUCAAUGUUUU